AUGGCACUCGAAUCACGUCACAAGCCGUUGACGAUGCAAGGUGCACUCGCGAAGCUUCGCGACUCCUCUGUCGUCAUCGACCGUCGCGGAGGUCUCAGGGAGGAUGAAGAAAAGCGAGCUGCUGAGGCUUUCUCAUUGCUGGAGCAUGGUGGCCCAGAGCCAGGCUCGAAAGGAGAGAAGAACCGGAAAAAGUACUUCAAGUUCCUCAAAAAAGUUAAUGAGCUAUCUGGUCGGUCCAUGGUUGCUUUGUCCGCUGCCGCUCUGGGCUUAUACGCUGUGAGCAACAUGAAGGAGCGACUUCGAUUAGAUUUACCUUACGAAAUCGACAGAAUCAAGGAAGAACUCGUCAAUCCGACCCUGCGAGACCUUUACGAUACCUACCCAAGAGUGCCGGUCCAAGCGAAUUCCCCACCACAUCAGUCACAGUCAGCAGUCCAGCAGUCUGACAAGCAAGUCACAGAUACUCCUAAUCUGACAUCCCUCAAUAUGUCUCAGCACGGUUCCGCGCAUGUUCCAGCGCAGAAGCAUCUCCAAUCUGUGUCGUUGAACCUUCAACUCAGGGACCUGGUCGCGUUCCUUCAGCGUUACCAAGAAAGCAAUCAGCAGCUGCAAAUGGAGUGCCCCUUUUUCGGAGAUCCCUUGCCUUUCAUUCAAUUUCGCUUAGGACAACACGCGGACCACCAAGCGAAGCUCGAGUUUUCUCAACCUUUGGCCACACUUUUCAUUCAAUACAUCAUGAAUCGUGGAGAAGAGUGA